AUGGGUUCUAGCCACUAUCAAUCAUAUCUCAAGGCAAUCGGAGCUCAAGACAAAGCCCGAUCUGUUAGUUCACCGACAACCUCCAUCCCCCGAAAACCUGCGAACCGAUCAAUCUCGCCUGCCAGCAUCUCCUCACCAAUACACACGCAAAAUGCACCGCAAACUCCCAACACACAGCCACGCAGCGUAAGUGGCACGCCUGCAUCCACGGCACCUUCGUCUGUCUCCAACAUUCCACAGCCGCCAGCAACUCCAUUAGCGAGUCACCCACCUGACUUGCCAAAAAUCAAGCAGUCCAACCUAACAGCCAUUACACCCGAUCAAAUUUCGUCUGCCCUGUCUUCCGCUUUGACCUUGCAGAACGCAGCAUCUACUCAACAUGACAAGAGACCGUUUACAGCCUUGCUACUCGGGCCCGACAACUCCACCACCUUGUUGAGCCACUUCUCAAUUUCUCAUAUUCGCCACGCCGAAUCUGAGCUGGCCCGAUUGGCCUCAGAUCACUUUCCCUCUAGCUACUUGGCUUCUUGCACUUUGGUCAGCACAUGGGAGCCUUGUGCUAUGUGUGCUGGUACUAUCUACUGGUCUGGAAUUGGCCGAGUCAUCUACGCCGCUAGCGAGAGCAAGUUAAAAGACCUGACCGGUGACAAUAAUGAUGAGAACCUUACAAUGUCUUUGCCCUGCAGAACGGUUCUCCGUGCCGGUCAGCGCGAUGUCGAGGUGAUUGGACCUGUGUUAGAAUGGGAAUCGAAGGUGUUGCAGGAGGCUUCCCGCUGGUGGCAGCAACAUGGCGGUAAAGACACUCUCAGCAAAGCAGCCAGCAUCCGAAGCAAUGGUACAGGCCAUGCAUCUCGUGAGAGCAUAAGUACGCCAAUGACCUGGACCCAUGAGGACAGCGUACUGAGCUCAAUUGGCGAAGAUGGCGAAUACAAGGCUGAUUUAGACAUUGAUUGGAUGCGCUGA